AUGGACCCCAACGAGCAACCCUCAUGGGCUGGAGGCGAUGCCCCAGACAAGGAGAAGAUGGAACAGGCAAGGACAUCAACUCCUGUGUCUGCCAAGUCAGACGAGAACAAGGCUCCCGAUUCCGAAUCGUCGAACCCCUCGCGCACGUCAACGCCGAAGCCGCAGCCGCAGCCCGCAUCCGCUGAAUCACGGCCCAAGAUCAACGUCACUCCCGCCGCUCCGCCGGCUUCUUCCAGCCCGAACCCCUUCGACAAGCUAGGGGUCAAGGCGGAGCCGUCGAGUUCAACAGGUACUUCCUCUGUGAAUCGUAAAAGACUGGCAUCUGAGAUUGACGUCGCUCCAGCGGAUCGACCCUCCCCCAAGCCAUCCACUACUCAACCCGAGUCCGACGAAACCUAUGCCGACCGAACGUUGUCACAGAUCUUCCGCAUCACUGUUGAUCCGCAUAACAUGGUCAACACCAGUGGUCAACGGCUGACGUUCCUCCCGAAUCUGAACGAAGAACUGAACGAGUCUGGAGAGCCUCUGAAGCUGUCCGUCAACACGCUAGAUCAAGCUCUUAUGGAGGCGGCCAGCAGCUAUCCCCAUGAUAAGCCUCUCAUGAACUACUUCUUGCCAUGCUGGAAGCGUGCUGUGAAAGCGUCGCUGCAGUUCAAGGGAACAGAGGGACCCAAGUUGGAGGUGCAUGAAGAGGCAAAGCGUUUGUGUAUGAGCGGCUGCUUGUUUGCCCUGACCAUGCCGGAUCUCUAUGGCCGAUCGCCGAACCCUAAGCAUGAUACACUCAUGCCAUACCUGUUGAAGGGCAUACAGGACGAGAACGGCCUUUGCUUCAACUUUAUACAGGAAGCUAUCAAGCGAUUCGAUGAUGACGAGGCUUUCCCUGCUCUGUUCAACGAUGCCAUGAUUCAGAUCAGCAACAAGCUGGGUACAAUUUCAAUGGACCAGGAUUACAAGCCGUAUAUCCAGGCCAUGUUGACGUACACCAGAUUCCCUCCUCUAAUCGUGAACCUCGCCAAGCACCCAACCUUCAUCAUGGCUCAGUCAGCUGCUGGAAUCGAAAAGCACACCCUUCUGGGUCCGUUCUUCCGCAUCUCACCACUCCAGAAUGAAGUCAUCAAGAGCUAUUUCCCUGGGGCUCGUGGUCUUGACAAGGGGAGAAUCGCAAACUCACAAGACGCUUUGCGAAUGGUGCUGAGGACACACCAAGAUGAUCUUUUCGCCAUCACAAACGCCUUUAUCCGCGCAGGCCAGGAGACCAGAUCUCGAACUCUGGACUGGUUCGCUUACAUCAUGAACUCAAACCACAAGAGGAGAGCACUACAAGUUGACCCUAGAGAGGUUGCUUCCAACGGCUUUAUGAUUAACGUGACCACGAUUCUAGACCGAUUUUGCGAACCCUUCAUGGAUAUGGAUUUCAGCAAAGUAAACAAGAUUGAUGACAACUACUUCAGGAAGCAACCGCGGAUAGAUAUCAGCGAUGAGACAAAGCUGAACGCAGACGAUGCAUAUGCGAAAUCAUUCUAUGCGGACAAGAUACCAGGCGAUACCAACUUCAUCUCGGAGGCUUUCUUCUUGACCCUGGCAGCGCAUCACUAUGGAAGUGAGGCCUGCAACUCCCAAUUGAAGAAUUUGGAUAGGGAUAUAAAGUAUUUGGAGAAGCGAGUCAAGAUCAUGGAGGCAGAUCGUAUCAAGUUUGUGAACAAUCCUGCCCAACUUCAACAAUAUGACAAGGCUGUUCAGAGACAUGUCGACGCUCUCGAAAAGAGCAUUGCUGUCAAGCUUUCCAUUGAAGGUGUCCUACUUGAUGAACGGAUGCAGAGCACUUCAUUGCGUUUCAUGCGCAUUGUGGCUGUGUGGUUGCUUCGCUUGGUGACUCGAUCAGAGUACAAGCCUGGCCAAGAGUCGAAGGAGAUACAACUCCCUCUUCCUGCGGAGAAGUCAGAUGUAUUCUCAUGUCUUCCAGAGUAUACGCUACAGAAUAUCGUGGACAAUUUUAAGUUCAUAUUUAGGUGGCUACCUAAGAUUCUCCCCAGCGCUGUUGGCGAUGAAAUGAUUGCGCUUUGCGUAACAUUCCUCCGCUCAACUGAGUACAUCAAGAACCCGUACCUGAAGUCAUCGUUGGUCUCACUACUCUUCUCGGCGACUUGGCCAUUGAUGCACCUAAAGCGCGGUGUUCUAGGUGACCAGCUUGUUGGCAGCCAGUUUGCCAACGAUCACCUUCUUAAGGGAUUGAUGAAGUUUUACAUCGAGUGCGAGUCAACGGGCGCGGAUUCUGCUUUCUACGACAAGUUUAACAUCAGAUAUGAGAUCUUCCAAGUGAUCAAAUGUGUUUGGGUCAACGACCACUACAAGCGACAAUUGACACGGGAGAGUCGAGUCAACAAGCAGUUCUUUGUUCAGUUUGUCAAUAUGUUGUUGAACGAUGCUACUUAUGUCUUGGACGAAGCUUUAACCAAGUUUCCCAAGAUCCGUGCUAUCGAGAAAGAACUUGAAGAUCCGUCAAUACCACAAGAGGAUCGUCAGAAGAAGGAGGAGGAGAUGCAACAGCUGGCUAACCAGGCCACGUCUUUUAUGCAGUUGGCCAACGAGACGCUUGAGAUGAUGAAGCUCUUCACAGAGGCUAUGAGUGAGGCCUUCACCAUGCCCGAGAUUGUGUCUCGUCUGGCAAGCAUGCUCAACUACAACCUGGAGACGUUAGCUGGAAAGAAGGCGGCUGCGGAGCUCAGCGUUUCUAACAGAGACAAGUACCACUUCCGCCCUAUCCAGAUCAUCUCAGAUAUUGUCGACAUCUAUCUCAAUCUCGGCAACUCGCCAGUUUUCAUCGACGCCGUUGCUGCAGAUGGUCGUUCUUACAAGCCCGAAGUGCUGGAGCGCGUUUCACGCAUUCUUAUCUCCAAGCACCAGAAGGAUCCCGCCGAUGUUGCUCGCUGGGACAAGCUCAGGGUGAAGUUUGUCGACGCCAAGACGCUCCUCGACCAAGCGGAACUCGACCUGGGUGACAUCCCUACCGAGUUUGAGGACCCCAUCAUGGGUGAUCUCAUGAAGGAUCCUGUCUUGCUACCCAGCAAGCAUAUCGUUGACCGAUCAACCAUUGUCCAGCAUCUCCUAAGCGAUCCCAAGGAUCCUUUCACGAGACAAGCCAUGACUAUCGAUGAUGCGAUUCCACAAACGGAACUCAAGGAGAGGAUCGAGCAGUGGCGAGAGGAGCGGGUGCAAGCUGCCAAGGACAAGUUGAAGAGCGAUGCCAUGGAUACCACAGAGGGUUAA